UUGAAUUCCGUGCUGCAUGGUGGACGUGGAUUAUUCCGAAUUGAAGAGUAGAUGCGAUUGAACUUUGAACUACUUUAAUCCUUGUUUGGAUUGUGCGCAUAUUUUUAAUUAGUAGUGGAACUUUAAAUCUGACUUAUUUUUAGCGGAACUUGGAAUCAGCACUUCAAGUGAUCAUUUUGGGACUGUGUUGAAGGAGGGAAACCUGAUGAAACAAACCAACUCGUUCCAGCGCUGGAAGAGACGAUACUUCAAACUGAGAGGGAGGACUCUGUACUACGCUCAGACCGCCAAGUCGAUAAUCUUUGAUGAAGUGGAUCUGACUGAUGCAAGCGUCGCUGAGUCCAGCACCAAGAACGUCAACAACAGCUUCACUGUCAUCACCCCGUGCAGACGUCUGAUUCUGUGUGCAGACAACAGGAAGGAGAUGGAGGAGUGGAUGGCAGCUCUGCGCAGCGUCCAGAACAGACAAAACUAUGAGUCCACCCAGUACAGCAUGGACCACUUCAGUGGGAUGCACAACUGGUACGCCUGCUCUCACGCCAGACCAACAUACUGUAACGUCUGCAGAGAGGCUCUGUCAGGAGUCACAUCACACGGCCUGUCAUGUGAAGUGUGUAAGUUUAAGGCCCAUAAACGCUGUGCAGUCAGAGCCACCAACAACUGUAAAUGGACCACACUGGCUUCUAUCGGGAAGGACAUCAUCGAGGAUGAGGAUGGGGUAUCGAUGCCUCAUCAGUGGUUAGAGGGGAAUCUCCCAGUCUCAGCUAAAUGUAACGUCUGUGAUAAAACAUGCGGCAGUGUUCUCCGUCUGCAGGACUGGAGGUGUCUCUGGUGUAAAGCCAUGGUGCACUCAGGCUGUAAGGAGCAGCUGUCCUCUAAGUGUCCUCUGGGUCAAUGUAAAGUGUCCGUCAUCCCUCCAACUGCGCUCAACAGCAUCGACUCUGAUGGUUUCUGGAAGGCGUCGUGUCCUCCGUCCUGCACCAGUCCUCUGCUGGUGUUUGUCAACUCUAAAAGUGGAGACAAUCAGGGCGUCAAGUUCCUGCGACGCUUUAAACAGUUGCUGAAUCCAGCACAGGUGUUUGACCUGAUGAAUGGAGGACCACACCUGGGGCUGCGGUUGUUCCAGAAGUUUGAUACGUUCAGGAUCCUGGUGUGUGGAGGAGAUGGCAGCGUCGGGUGGGUUCUGUCAGAGAUCGACGCUCUAACGCUGCACAAACAGUGUCAGCUGGGUGUUCUUCCUCUGGGGACCGGGAACGAUCUGGCCCGGGUUCUGGGCUGGGGUUCAGCCUGUGAUGACGACACUCAGCUGCCUCAGAUACUGGAGAAACUGGAGAGAGCCAGCACCAAAAUGUUAGACAGAUGGAGCAUCAUGGUCUACGAGACCAAGUUUCCACGGCAACACUCUGCCUCCACUGUCACAGAGGACUGCAGCGAUGACUCCGAGGUAACAGGAAAUGACAUCACUUCCUGCUGUUUCACACUUCAGAGUGCGGUUCAGCAGAUUCUGACAUAUGAGGACUCAGUGGCUGCGCACCUGUCCAAGAUCCUGACCUCUGACCAGCACUCUGUUGUCAUCUCCUCUGCCAAGGUUCUGUGUGAGACGGUGAAGGACUUUGUUGCUCGUGUUGGUAAGGCUUACGAGAAGAACACAGAGAGUUCAGCGGAAUCAGAGGCCAUGGCCAAGAAGUGUGGCGUCCUGAAGGAGAAACUGGACUCCCUGUUGAAGACUCUGAACGAGGAGUCUCAGGCCUCCACUGUCCUCCCCCCAGCUCCUCCCCCCACCAUCGCUGAGGAGCAGGAGGAGGUCGAGGGAGUCUUGAUGCCUCCCCCCCUCCAUCAUCCUCCCCCUUCUCCUCAUGCUCCACCAAGCUCCGCCUCCUGCUCCCCACGCACCAACACCUCAUCUGCAGCCGCCGCCAUCUUUAAACCCAGAGAGCAGCUGAUGCUGAGAGCCAACAGUCUGAAAAAAGCCAUCAGACAGAUCAUCGAACACACCGAGAAAGCGGUAGAUGAACAGAAUGCCCAGACUCAGCAGCAGCAGGUUUUCUCUUUGAGUCGAGCUGAUGAAGAGGAGGGUCUGGUGGAGGAAGAAGAGGAGGAGGAGCUGGAGGAAGAUAAGAUUUCUCUGCAGUCGUCCUACAGCGCCAAACAUCGCAACACACGCCGAGUCAGUAAGGCGCCCUGUGAGAAGUUAAUCAGUAAAGGCAGUCUGUCCCUGGGCAGCUCUGCGUCACUUCCGGUCCAGACAGGAAGCAGGGAGAAUAUGCCCAUGCUCAACACAAAGAUCCUCUAUCCUGGUCUCAGAGCGGGUAUCUCAGGCUCCCUAUCCAGCAGCUCUGUGAUCAGUCGACUAUUGGUGAACGCUGACCCGUUCAGCUGUGAUCCUGAUAACAUGGACUGCUACACUGAGAAGUGUGUCAUGAACAACUACUUUGGUAUUGGGCUGGACGCUAAAAUCUCUCUGGACUUCAACAACAAGAGGGACGAACAUCCAGAGAAGUGCAGGAGUCGGACGAAAAACAUGAUGUGGUACGGAGUUCUUGGAACCAAAGAGCUGCUGCACAGAACCUACAAGAACCUGGAACAGAGAGUUUUACUAGAGUGUGAUGGGCGUCCCAUCCCUCUCCCCAGUCUGCAGGGUAUCGCCGUGUUGAACAUCCCGAGUUACGCAGGAGGAACCAACUUCUGGGGAGGAACCAAAGAGGAUGACACAUUCACUGCUCCGUCCUUUGAUGAUAAGAUUCUGGAAGUGGUGGCGGUGUUCGGCAGCAUGCAGAUGGCUGUGUCCCGAGUCAUCAACCUGCAGCACCACCGCAUUGCACAGUGUCGGAUGGUGAAGAUCACCAUCCUGGGUGAUGAAGGUGUCCCGGUUCAGGUGGACGGGGAGGCCUGGAUCCAGCCUCCAGGUUACAUCAAGAUCAUCCACAAGAAUAGAACCCAGACCCUGACCAGAGACCGAGCAUUUGAGAGUACCUUGAAGUCGUGGGAGGACAAACAGAAGUGUGAGUUUCCCCGGACUCCAGCCGCUCAGCCCCCACAGACCCCCCUCUUCGCCCAGCCAGAGAUUGUCUCUGAGGAAGAGGCCUCACUCGUCAGUGAGUUCGGUCAGGCAGCAGGAGCGCUCAUACACAGUAUUCGUGAGGUCGCUCAGUCUCACCACAGUAUGGAACAGGAACUGGCUCAUGCCGUCAACGCCAGCUCAAAGGCCAUGGAUGUGGUCUAUGCCAAUUCCAAGAGCUCUGGGGCUCUGAGCUGCAGUGUGGUGGUUCACAUGGUCAGUAACGUCAAAGCUUUACUCAGUGAGACUGAACUGCUACUGGCUGGAAAGAUGUCCAUGCAGUUGGAUCCUCCUCAGCAGGAGCAGUUGAAUGCAGCUCUGAACUCUGUGGCUCAGCAGCUGCGUCGGCUGGCUGAUGUUCCCUGGUUGUGUCCCAUCAUCGAUCCCUCAGACCAUGAGGGUCCACUGACGGACUUUUCGAAGCGUAGUCGGAGCGCAAAGUUUCGUCUCGUCCCAAAGUUCAAAAAAGACAAAAACAACAAGAACAAGGAGACCUGUGCUACUCUCUCACUGCCAGUUCACCAGUGGGGGACGGAGGAGGUGGGGGCGUGGCUGGAUUUCCUCUGUCUCACUGAGUACAAGGACAUCUUUAUCGGCCACGAUGUCCGUGGAGCCGAGCUCAUCCACCUGGAGAGGAGGGACCUGAAGGACCUGGGAGUGACGAAGGUGGGUCAUAUGAAGAGGAUCCUGCAGGGCAUCAGAGAGCUGAACAGGAACAGCAGUGCCAGCGAGGCCUGACUGCUGUCAGUGACCACUGCCUGCUCUCCUCCUACCUCUGCUGCUACCGACAACCUCAUCCACCUGACCUGACAUGUGACCUCUGACCCUGAACCAGAGCGAGGUCCAUGACACCAUACAUGAAAACCCACUGUGAUUGGACCAGGACCACGACAAGGAAUCAUUUUGUCUCCUCUGAGUGCUCGUUCUCAAAAAACUGAACAAACCUCCUGGCAGUGACAUACGGAGCCCAUCUGGAGAAAGAAAGAACCAAUCAGAUGUUCCGCAAGUGCCUUGUCAUCUCACCCACUGACGAAUCAGCAUCCAGGACGUGGAGGGUGGGAGUGUAGGUUUUCUAACCUAUAGAAGGGCUGCACCAGAGCCAUAUACAGAAAGAGCUGAGAUAAUGGAGAGUGUGAGCUAAGACCACAUGGCUGACAAAUCAUAUUAAAGUCUCACAUCUGUGACCGGUCCUCAUCCGUACGAGUCACUGUACACUGUAAAAAAUAAUCUCCAUCUUUACAGCUCGUUUAUUCGUGAGUCACAACAGUUGACUUUGUGUUUUUACAUUUUGUAGCCUCUUUACUACAAACUUCUCUUCCUGCUGAUUAUUAUUCUUGCUGAAUCACCACAGAGUGUCUGUCUGCAGCAUGUUCAGGUUCUACUACAUUCAGCUGUAUGGAAAAACUGACCUGACCUACAAAAGUUAAAUGACAAAAAUGGUAAAAAUAAGCCAGUGAGGAAUGAUUCUUAUAUUUAUAUAUGAUUCCAGUACAUAUCAGCUUGUUAAAAACUAAUUGUAUUGAUCAUUCUCUGGACUGUAGUGCAGUGGUGUGGCGCAGGAUCAGCUCACUACAGCAAUGAUGACAGCAAAAGUUUGGGCAUAAAUUAGUUGUUUUUAGAUUUGCAGGUUGCAGGUCACACAUAAUUAACUCUCUUAAGGUUGACCUUCCACACAAUAGAAGCUGCACUGGGAACAGCUGUUGUUUUUCUUUCUCUCUGAAGCAGAAACUCGUAGACUGGAAUUAAAACUAAAUGUCCUGUUAAGAUGGAGAAGUUUUGUAGUGACAGUUUUUCACUGGAUGAUGAGUUGACUUAUUACACCUAAAUGACGUUUCAGUGUUAAACUCCUUAUCCUUUGCCUCAGUAACAUGUAAUGUUAUGACAUAUCAGAUUCAUGUGUAGGCUGUGUAAAACCUGCAGCAGCUAAACGCACUGGUUUUAGUCCUGCUCAGUCUGACCUGCAGGUAAACAGCCUACAUAAUACUGAAGGCUUUACAUAUUAAAGACUGCAAAAAGUCUCUAUGUUGAGAGAUUAUUAUGUCGACUAUUGAGUCAUUAAAAAACUUAACCCAGAGAAAAAAACUGAUGAGUGCAGGGAAAUAAUUCCAGUUGUUCCCAGGGCAGGUUUGUUUGUCCAUUAACUUUUUUGACAGUGAAAAAAUCAAAAACAAAUCCUGCACAUGGUCGGAACAUGGCAGGUAAAGUGACUGUGAAUCUUUUUGUUUUCAGUCAUAGCGUUUGACAAAAAAUACUUUCUGCAAGAAUUUUGCAGUUAUUUAAAAUCAGAUUAUCUUGAAACAAGUUAAGCAAACACAGAUCACUGCAGCAGUGUUAAGAGAAAGAUGAGUUUGAUUUGAGAACAUUUUUAAAAAAAGAAUUUAAAAAGACCAAACAGCAGGUACAUAUUACUUUAACAUCUACGUGCAUUGGCAGAAUGUGUGUUCAAGUAAAUAUUUUAGGAUUCAGUAAAAGGAUUGAUGACUUGUUAAGGUGGAGACUUUUUUCAAUCUUUGCCCUAAAACCUUCAGCAGUGACUCUGAGACUCUUGGACAGUUCUGAGGAUUUCCUGCCCUUAUUAUCAAAUCACACUGGGACUAAAAACUGACCCUGGAUUCAGCAGAGUGUGGUCGAUUGUAGCUUAGUGUGGCUCAAUUUUUGGACAUGUGGACGAUGCUGGAUAAGGGCUGAGGACCAGCUCCAGUCAGCAGGAUUCUGGUACAUCACCACAUCGAUCACAAUACCAACAUGACUCCGGAAACCAGAUGAGCCAGAUUUAAGCCGCCGUUGGGCUAGUCAGUUCAGCUCUCUGUGAUCUACCUGCCCUCAGACUCUUCAUCUUGGGCUCACCUGACCAGCCGACCAAUCACAACCUCCUCUGGUCCCUGACCUGUUGGACCAGGAUGCAGCAGAACCCUUUAAACUUUUAGAUGUUUCAGCAACUCAGAGAAUUUAGAGGAACAUUUAAUAGAACUGUUUUAAGUCCCCAGUCUGCCAAACAGGAGAACAGAUUGAAGGACCGACAACGUUUGGUACUUAAAUACAUAUUUAUUCCUUCUAUAAAGUGCAGUUGGUGUUUGUGGUUCAGAAGGUGUGUUUGAAAAAACAGGACGUGGUAAAAAUUGACGAAGGGACGUCAGGAGAGAUGCUCCCGAACCGAUCAGGUGGUCUGAAGGAGGCUCUGUAACGACAAUCAGAUCAGUCGAUGAAAACGAGCUGUGUAUCUUGUCUGAUGUUUUCUGUCUCUCUCUCUCUCUUUCUCUCUCUUUGACGGUCUGUCUGCCUGUCUGUCUCUCUCUUUGCCUGUGUGUCUUUCUCAGCCUGUCUGUCUCUGUUUGUCUCUCCCUCUCUGCCUGCCUUUUUGUCUGCAGGUUUGUUAUCUGGUGUUAUGUUUGUGUCUCAAACAGAAAAAUUAAGAGUUUCCUUUAAACCAACAGAGCAUUGUCGAGGGGUCCAGAACUGUUUCAGGGACCAAAUAAACAUAUUUUCAAACUUAAGACAUUACAUUCUUGGUGUAGAAAUCUUAUUCAGAUUCAUUGUAGUGAAAUUUCUAACAUUUUGUCAGAUUUAUCCUGUAUAUUAGUAUAGACCCGUUGAGAUGAACUAGUUUGUCUGCUUUGGUGGACCGAUCGCUCUCAGUCCAGUGACCUGAUCUGGGUGUGACCUGGGGAUUAUCUUGUGGUUAUAAUAGCCUACAGCUGAUAUAAUAAGUUGAUAAUGAUUGACGAAACAUUCAGCAGUGACAGUUAAUAAUAAUUUCAGCCUUUUAUCCAGUAAAACUUCACCAUUCUCAGCUUGUCCAGUUUUAGGUUUUGCUGCAUCUGUUUCAUUUCGCUCUGGUUUUUUGUAGUUCACUUUGGGGUCUUGCAAUGGACAUUUGUUUUUGGUUUUUCCUUUUAUAGACCAAAUGACAAGUCUUUUUUAAUUUAAAUUGGGACCUAAAAAAAAAAAAAAAAAAAAAAA